AUGCUGUGGCUUUUGUUUCCUGAUGUCUCAGGGCUUAGAAACCAAGAUGGCAGAGAUUCACAGCUGAGACUUGUCUUACUGGGUAAGACUGGAGCAGGGAAAAGUGCCACAGGCAACAGCAUCCUCGGAGAGAAAGUGUUUCAAUCCAACAUUGCGGCAAAAUCAGUCACCAAGACCUGUGACAAAGGGAGCAGCAGGUGGCAGGGAAGAGAAAUUGUGGUUGUGGAUACGCCUGGCAUUUUCGACACCGAGGCACAGGAUGCUGACACCUGCAAGGAGAUUGCUCACUGCAUCUUCCUGACCUCCCCAGGGCCUCAUGCUCUGCUCCUGGUGGUCCCACUGGGCCGGUACACGAAGGAAGGGCAAAAGGCCACGGAGAAGAUCCUGCAAAUGUUUGGACUCAGAGCUAGGAGAUACAUGAUUCUCUUAUUCACCCGGAAAGAUGACUUGGAUGGCAUCAAUUUCCGUGAUUACUUAGAGGAAGCACCCAAAGGUAUCCGAGAGUUGGUGGGCAAGUUUGGUGAUCGCUACUGCGUGUUCAACAAUCGGGCGACAGGAGCUGAGCAGGAGGCCCAGAGAAAUCAACUGCUCACCCUGGUCCAGCGCAUUGUUGCUGAGAAUGAAGGAAGAUGCUACACUAAUAAGAUGUACCAAAAGGCUGACAACGAGAUUCAGAAACAAAUGCAAGAAAUGCAAGAAUUUUACGCAGCAGAGCUAGAGAGAGAGAGAGUGCAGAUAAGAAAGGAGUUUGAAGACAAAAUCAGAAAGCUGGAGGAUAAACUGGAGCAGCAGAGACAAAUGGAACAAAUGGAGAGGGAAUUGGCUGAUAAAGAGGCAUUAUAUGCUGUAAAGCUGCAAAAACACAGAGAUGAGAAUGAGUAUAAGAUAGUUGACUUGAUCAUGAAAGCACUGCAGAUGGUUUUUCCUAUUUUCUCUCACCUGUUUAUGGAAGAUUAACCUGAAUGAAGAGAUCUCCUUAUUUGCUACACAUUUUCUGCUGGCCCUGCCAAGCCCCUCACCCCAGAACUCAUUCACCAAGCUUGAAGCACUCUCGAUUCUGUCUCUCAGACUCUCAGGACGAAAGGGUAUAAUCAGAUUCACUGGUGGUGAUUGGUAGAUGUUUGAUUGACUUACCAGGGGAGGGACACAUUCUCAAUUUGUGGAACUCCAGAGUAGAAGGUAUUGAUGGUCUUCUAAGAAGAUGACCCCAAAAUUUCUCUACUUGUCCCGAGUGAAAUCCAGAUUCCUUCUAGAUUGGUGGAUCCUCUCCCUUUGUUGCUUCUACUCACUUAUUUUUGCUUUUAGGACAUGGCAAUCACCUUACCCAUAUGGUUUGUUACAAAGAUUGGUUCUUCAUGUUAGGUAGUCUAAUGAUGGAGAUGCUUAUAGAAUUCUUUCCAGAUGAAUGGAAAUUUAUUUAGUUACAUUUUUACAGAGGGACUCAAGUUGUUUCUUA